AUGCGUCGGUGCGCGCGCCUCGCCGCGCUCCUCGUCCACCUCCUCGUCCUCGCCGCCGGCAACGCCUCCUCCUCCCGUCUGGCCGGCGGCGCCCCGGGCUCGGCGGGCGCCCCGGACGGCGUGCCCGCGGCGCCCCGGACGGCGUGCCUGGAGGAGCUGCUCCCCUGCACGGCAUACCUCAAGACCGCCAAGCACCCCUCGCAGACGUGCUGCACCGCCAUGCACAACGCCGCGGCGGCGGAGAUGCCGUGCCUGUGCCGCCUUUUCGCCGACCCGGAGCUGCUCAGCACCUUCAACGUCACCCGGGACCAGAUGUUCCGGCUCCCGGCCCGCUGCGGCCUGCCCGUCGGGUGCCGCGCCGGGGCCACCGCCGCUCACGAGCCAGUCGUGGAAGCGCCGCCGCCGCCGCCGGCCGGGACACACCACCAGCAUGGCGCCUCGCCGAGGACCAGCGAGUUCUGGAGCGCCUGCAGCGUGGCCGCAUCGGUGGUUUUGGGCCAAAUGGUGCCAAUGGCUGCGGUAUUCUAG